UACGACGGGCAACAGAGAGCGGGCAACUCUCCACGGUGCUACGACGGGCAACAACGUGCCGACGUGGUUAGGGAGGGCGCAGCGCGUGCGAUGGAGUGCUGCUCCCUCUAUAAGUGGCACGUGUCUCUCAAUGGCGGGAGCUGCUACGGGAUUCAUCAAGAGACGACAGCCAGCUGGAGGCAUCUGGGCCAAGUAGCGACCGGAAGCACGGGCACCUGCCGCGAGUUGCCCGGAUCGAAAACGGUGUCCACGUUCCUGGCCCGCGAGCCGGUUGUCGUCAAGCUCGAGACAAAUGGGCGCGCUUGCCCGACGCCUGCGACAGCUAGUACCGCCAGUAGGCGCUCAAUUACGUCCACGAAGGAUUCCGUUUCCUCAUCCGGUCGGACCCUUGGUUCGCCCGCUUCAAGUCACGAGCCGCCAAAAUGGCCACAAUGCGAAAGUUGGAACCAUCCCGCCUUGGCUUCGACUCGACGUCGUAAGUCACGUAACGGUAUCCAUUUGCUCAGUCGUUGCAAUCGAGUCUCAAGUGGCUCCUCUGCAAUUGAUUCAAACGAAAUGACCGUUACUGCGGUGAAGACGGCUAGAGGGGGACGGUCUUGGCGCUCGCAGCAUCCCUGGCCUCAUCAGCGAGCCGCGCACGCCGUGUGUUCGGUGUCUGCGCAGUCGUCAAUUUCCGAGACGCCGUUGGGGUACACCGCAAGAACGUCUUGCCGAAGGCAACAUGACGUGUCACGACGAGCGUUAGCCAUGUCAGCCGUAUACUCCCGGUGCCUCGGCGGAAGUUGUCUGUCCCAUUCGACUCCUCGGAUCAUGACACUACCCGGAGAAGACAUCUUAAAGGGUGCUCUGCGGAGAGAGGGAAGGACAAAGGAUGGAUGUGCGAAUCCGAUCGGAUUCCCCGUUUUCCUGCUUGGGAAUUCGAGAAGGCUUGCUGGCCAUCUAUGCAGAGGGACAGACAAAAGGACGAGAAAGGUGAGAGCAGGGGAGGAGGUGGUCGAUACGGAAGACGUCGAUCGGUUGCGGGAGGCAGAAGGAGAAGAGCAGCGCGUCGACGACGCGGCGGGCAAGCAGGCGAAGAGAAGCAGCGAUGGCGGGAAACUAUCAGGGCAAUCCUCCUGGGACACUAGGAAUGCGCAGGGUGAAGACUACCUGUACCGACUUGGCAAAGAGGCAGACAAUCUGAAUAUCACUGUCGGAGCGAGAGCAGGAGUUAUCGAUGACCUGUUCGUGGGUGGAUUUCUUGGAAAAGAUGCUGAUAUUGUCUUUAAAUACCGGCAACAAGUAACACGGAAAUUCGAACACAUUCAGGGCGACUACUACAUUGCACCCAAAUUCAUGUAUGUACUGUGUGUUGUUCACAUUGGGAAGAAUUAUCUAGCUGACCAGAUUGAUGCAAGAGUGCCGUUGAUCCUCGGAAUUUGGGGUGGGAAGGGGCAGGGGAAGACGUUUCAGACAGAGCUCAUUUUCAAGGCCAUUGGAAUAGAGCCAGUAAUACUUUCAGCGGGUGAAUUGGAAAGCGAGCGGGCUGGCGAACCAGGGAGACUCAUACGCGACAGGUACAGAGCCGCAUCAGCAGUAGUCAAAACCAAGGGAGUGAUGAGCUGCCUCAUGAUAAACGACCUUGAUGCCGGUGUCGGGAGGGCGCCAACCAGGGAGGACUUGAUUGAGAUAGUUCAUCAGAUGUAUAAGAAGGACAAUCUCAGCAAGGAGGACGUCGGCAAGUUGAUUGACCUCUUCCCUGGGCAAGCUUUGGACUUCUAUGGAGCUCUUCAUUCCCGCACCUAUGAUGAUCAAAUCAAGAAGUGGGUGGAAGAGAUUGGAGGUCCUGAGAAUGUUGUACGGAAUCUGAUGAAGCGAGGUGAACCUCGACCGACUGUUACUGUUCCUCAGAAAUUGGAUGACUUCCUCAAGUUGGUGGAAGACAGGUGGCAUGAUCCGCAGGAGGCCCAAAAGGCUACUGACGAGAUCCUGACACUGCACACGAGGCAGUUUAAGUCAGUAAGGGAGGCCACUGACGCUGUAGACCGUCUGAUCUGUGUCCUUGGGGUGCGCUAUGACCCCCAGGUAUUACUCACCUCCUACCUGAGGUGCUUUCCCAUGUAUCUCAGGAAUCAGUUGGCAGGUGAGGCCAACAUCAACAUGCACAACUUCCCUUCGUUUAGCAAGAAGGCCCUAUACCUUGAAGCAAAGAUAGGGCAUGGACAUAAUCCCACGACGGAUGGUAGGAAGAAGACACUGCCUCCCAACUGGAAGGCGAAGGGCCGCAUUAUGUUCGUCGACAACGAUGGUUCUACCAUCGAGUUGGACAACGAGUUCCAGGCGGGAGUAGGUUCAGAGGCUGGCAGCGUAGAUGGGAGGAGUAGUCGCUGCCGUAGCACAGAAAGGUACGGUCUGUACGAGUUUGUGGUGAUGCCUUUUGGCCUUCGCAAUGCUCCUGGCACCUUUCAGCACGCUAUGAAUCGGAUAUUUCAUGACUACUUGGAUAAGUUUGUCCUCGUGUACCUCGAUGGCAUACUUAUUUUUAGUAAGACUGUCGAGGAGCACGUUGCGCACCUGGACAAAGUCCUUAGUCUUCUGCGACAGCACAAGUUCAAGAUCAACAGUGAGAAGUGCGAGUUUGGCCGCACCCGUGUCUUGUACUUGGGUCAUGAGAUUUCCGCGGAGGGAUUGAAGCCCGAUGACGCGAAGGUGGCCAACAUUCGUGACUGGCCGCGUCCUCAGUCUGUGAAUGAGAUGAGGUCUUUCUUAGGUAUGACCGGCUACUACCGUAACUUUGUGAAGAACUACAGCAUAGUGGCCGCUCCUUUGAUUCAUCUGACCCGCCUUGACACCCCAUGGGAGUGGACAGACAGGUGUGAGGCUGCUUUCAGACAACUGAAGCAUGCGUUGACACACCAUGAGGUCUUGAAACUUCCUGAUCCUGACAAACCUUUCGUAGUAACCAUGAAUGCUAUCCAAUAUGGCAUAGGCCCCGUACUUGCGCAGCAGGAGGGGAAGAAGUUGAGGCUGGUAGAGUACAUGUCCAAAAAGAUGCCCUCUCAGAAGUUGGCUAAGUCCACCUAUGAGAAGGAGCUCUAUGCGAUCUACAAGGCGUUCACCCAUUGGAGGCACUACCUCCUUGGGAGGUUCUUCUACGUCAGGACUGAUCACCAAACCCUGAAGUGGAUGAGAACCCAACCUGUGCUCUCCGACGCUCUGAAGCGUUGGAUUGAAGUCAUAGAGCAAUAUGACUUUGAGCCUCAGUACAUCAAGGGCGAGUACAACAAGGUUGCUGAUGCACUAUCGCGUAGGCCUGACUUCUCCGGUGCGCUGAUCACUGAGUUUGGGCUUGCGGACGAUGUUACUCACUCUAUGGUGGAAGCCUAUCGCGAGGAUCAGUUUAUGUCUGAGAUCAUUCGCAGAUUCGAGGCGAAGGACAAAAUUACUUCUGCCGAGUUUGAGUUGGUCAACGGCCUGCUGUUUAAUAAGUACGCUAGGUUAGUUGCAAUGCCAGAGACAGCGAAGACUGAGUAUGUGAUUAGACUCUUCAAAGAGAACUGGGUCAGAGACUUUGAGCUCCCGAAGUCUAUUGUUAGUGACAGAGAUGGCCGGUUUACAAGUGAGUUGUGGAAAGCUGCAGCUGCAGAACAGGGAACACAGCUGCAGAUGACUUCUGGGAACCAUCCCGAGGCCAAUGGCCAAGCAGAGCAACUCAAUCGCGCUGUUCAACACCUGUUGCGGUAUUACAUCAAGCCCAAUCAGGUGGACUGGGAGGAGAAACUUGCUCUCAUCGCCAGCCCGUAUAACAAUGCUGUGCACAGCGCAACUGGAGUAAGUCUUAAUAGUCUGCUACUGACUUUCAAGCCCAGACUGCCCCUAGACUUUCUGCUACCUGACAAUCAGUCAACUGCUGCACCCGGCACCCUUGAGUUUGCCUAUCGCUAUGAACAACUGAUGCAGCAGGCAGUAGAACAGAUGCACAAGACACAGGCGGCGAUGAUAGAAACUGAGAACAAGCACCGCCGUCCUUCUACAUUUCAGAUAGGGGACAGGGUCUGGGUAAAAUCCUCAGAACUGGGACAGGAGCACUGGAUCUCCCAUAAGCUCAUGCCACAGUACUUUGGACCAUGGGAGGUUCUAGAUGUUGUUGGGGAAGAACCGGACGGGCCAUCCUAUGUCAUUCGGAUCCCUGGUCAUCUCCACACUUACCCUAUCUUUCACGCCUCCAAGCUGGCACCAUUCAAGGAAACUGAGCAGUUUCCCUCUCGUUGCUCUAUGCUGCCCCCAACCAUGGAUGGAGAGGUCGACAUCGACGACAUUGUUGACCACAGGGAGAUGCCAGUUUCAAGACCAACAGGCAGAGGACGUCCUCCAAAACCGAAGCUGCAGUAUCGAGUAUCUCUGAAGGCCCUAAUCCAAGCUGGAAACGAGUUGGUAGCAGAGCAGCAAAAGGUGGCGGAGAUGAAGUUGUCAGAUGAGUACAUGAAAAAACAAACUGACGCAGAUGCCCAGGCUCGCCGCAAGGAAGCCCAGGCUCUGCUGCAGCGGCAUGAAGCCAACAGCAUCGAGAAACUCAAGUACUGGCACUUUGAACCGAACGGCGACGAGCCAACACCGGAAGAGCAUCAUAAGGAGUUCAUGGCCAAGCUCGUGAGUAGGUUGGUUUACACAUGUAACCACCUACAGUCCGAGCUGGCAAACCUUCAGCGGGUCGUGCGGAACCAUAAGAUUCAGCACGAGGAUGCCACACGGGCACUGGACGCCCGUGUACUGGGCCUGGAACAGGCUGUGCCAGGACCAGAUGCUGGAGCUUCCAGCAGUGCAUCCUCUAGCCGCCAACUGGAGGAACACGUUGACCAAGUCGUGGCAAUGCUAGGAGACAUAAGUGUCUUCACAGAGCCGGCCACCAUCAGCCAGCGGUUCGAGUUGCUGGACACUAAGAUCAGUCAGCAACAGCAGACUGACCACAGCCACAACAACAGCUCGGCGAGGCCAUACAAGAUGCCGACGUUCCGGAUCGAGAAAUUUGAUGACUACACACAUCAAGACCCGGUCGUCUGGUGGCAAGGAUUUACAACGGAGUUGGGGAUUCACGAAGUCCCUGACCAUCUGUUCAUCAGUGCUCUGUUCAUCAACACCAAGGGAGGUUGUCAGAUCUGGCUCAGCCACAUGGCAACCAUCCACGGCGUCCAGGUUUCAGACCUGUACAAGAAGGUCUCCUGGGAAGACAUGACAAAGGAAUGGAAGAAGCGGUUCAUCGUCGACGACGCCCAGGCACUCGCCGUCAAACGCAUCUUCACGAUGGCUCAAGGGAGCACACCGACAUGUGACUGGCUCACGGAUUGGCAGAAAAUUGUGGCGACGCCCGAUUUGGACUUGUCAUUUUCGCAUCUACGGCGUGAGUUCUACAACAGGUCAUGCGCCGCUCUCAGCCUCGCACUUGGUGAUUGCGAGCAGUACAGCACUUUCGCAGAGAUCAUCAACAAGGCGAGAGAGCUCAUCAAGACUAACAGGCCGGCUGCACACGAGAAGUCCACGUGGCAGCCAACCUAUGUGGAGAAGGUACGAACUGGUCCGCGACAGCAGCAGUUCGCUGCAGUCCAGUCGGACAGUGGAGAUAACCCAGCAGCCACUCCAGCAUCAAGUGACGGAGAUCAGGUAGCUUCUGUCCAACCGCGAAGCACCAACAAGUCCCGCAACAAUGGGAAGGCGAAAUCCGCAUCGCGGGCAGGAAAUGGACAGCCAUGACAAUUUCCAUGGGUCAAGUUUGGCUUGACCGAGGCGGAGUACAAGGUCCGCAGCCGCUACGGCAGCUGCUAUUGGUGUA